AUGUCAGCGUCACAAGCGGUCAUCACAUCGGAAAACAAAAUCCCCCCAGCCAACCCCAAGAUUCCGAAGGCCAAGGAAAACUUCUCCUCGCCUUCCCCAUCAUCCAGCAAAGCCAAUGGGAAGCGCAAGGCGAAUGAGCCGAAGCUCCAAGAAACAGAUGAAGAGACUGACUCCGAAAGCAAUCAAAGUCAAUCAGACCAGUCGCCUGACGAAGCGCCCCCUCCCGCCAAGAAGGGCCGAGGUCGCCCUAGGAAAGCGAUCAUCAAAGAUGCUGCACGCAGACUCAAAGACAUGUGA